GUUUUACUUGUUAAACUUUCAGACGCCUGUCCCCCUCCUCAGGAAACUCAUUUCUGCUUUGGUGAAGCUUGUGCUGCGCUGAGGCUUCAGGGCGGGGACACUGUGGUCCGACAGGAAAUCUCUUUUUUUAUGUGAUCUUUCUAAAAGAGAAAGUAAAAACUCAGAAACAGACGGUCGGGUUUUUACCAGCAGUAUUAUAAAUAUGUUUGUUCUCCAUCUGAUGUCGGGGUUUCUGCUCCUCCACCUGGUGAUGAGUUCAGGCUCCAGGCACUCGCUGUCGGUGUUGCUCACCUACCUCUCAAAACCAACCCAGUUCCCACAGUUCUCUGGGGUCCUGAUGCUGGACGACAUCCAGGUGGGGUACUAUGACUCAGAGACCAAAGAGGUGAAGAAGGUCGGUGCUGGAGGUGAGAAAGGGGAGAAGCUUGAAGUGAUACAGUUCGCCUUGGAUGGGCUGAAGAACAAUAUGGAGGAUAUGAAGAACAGGUUGGAGAUAACCAGAAUUCAGAAGCAACUGACCUCUCCAGGCGUCUACGUUCACCAGAGGAUGUUCGUUUGUGAGGUCCAGGAAGAUGAUCAGCAUAAUUUCGUCACGUUCAGGGAUAGUGCAAAUGGUGUUGAUGCUGACAGGGUGGAGUAUAACAUGAACAAAUUCCAGUACAGCGGUGGUGACGGUUGGGAUUUCAAGUUGAAUCCCAAGGAGCAGGACGACGAGCAGAAGAAUUUCUCAGACGAAUACGAGCCGUUCUGCGUCGGGACUCUGCGACGCCUGCUGGUAAGCGAGAAGAACCUGCUGAUGCGUCAUGUUCAACCUCGACUACACCUCCUAUCACAGCCGCGGGGGGGCGGGGCCCAGAUCACCUGUCUGGCCACAGACUUCUACCCUCGCCACAUCAACCUGGCGCUGCUGCGGGACGGUGAACCCGUGGACGAGGAGGAAAUGACCGUUGGCUCGGUGCUGCCCAACGGCAACGGUCUCUACCAGCUGAGGAAGACGCUGGUGAUGGUUGAAAAGGAGCUGCAGAGGAAGCACAAGUACACCUGUGUAGCGUCUCCCCUGAGUUCCGACAACAGGCCGGAUGUGAGCUGGAGGGUGGAGUCUUCCCAUUCAUUCAGUGUCCACGUCAUCUCUGCUCCCGUCGUCCUGAUAGUUGCUGUCAUCCUGCUGCUGUGCUGA